GGACUGUGAGAGGUGGACCCUCUGUCUGAAAAUGAUCGCUGCCAUCCUCUCACCUCCAAAUAAAUCAGUAGUACGAGUGAAAAGUCCCUCCACCCAGGCCAAGAAGCCUAAAGUUCCUGAGCCCACUAGGCAGCUGGAGAUCCAGUCAGAGUGUAACUGGGACCAGCACCGGAAACUGGUCCUGGGUGUUCUGUGCCGACGCAUGACCCAGAACCGUCUGUCCGAACCCUUCAACAUUGGCCCCUACCACGUCCGCCUGCUCUCAAACACACACAAACGCAAGGCUGAGAGCACCAUCAUCAUAUUCAAGGUCUGCAUCAGUAAGGCUGAAGACGGUGAUACCGAUGAUAGUGAUGAAUCUGAUAGUGAAGUCACAGACAACAGUAGUGACGACAGUGAUGAAGACGAGGAGGAAGAGGGCAUCCCUAAGCCUGAGGGGCCGGAGAUGCAGGUUGGAGUGACUCCCUUCCUGACAGGAGUAGUGCCAGCAGGCAGACUGAAAGCCAGGAAGAAACAACCAACCUGCCCUGCUGUAGGACUAAUCCAGGUGAACGGUAAAUCCUACUCCCAGGCCAGAUUGCUGCUGGGGCAGAUGGGAGCUCUGCACCCGGCCAAUCGGCUGGCUGCGUUCGUCACCGGCAGGUUGCGCUCUGUAGCCAAGGCCCCUCAGAAGGCCCCUCAGAAGGCCCCUCAGAAGGCCCCUCAGAAGGCCCCUCAAAAGCCUCUAAACUGCUUCCCCAGGGCGAAGAAAACAUCUGUGGGUGCUGGGCACUUGAAGACCGCAGUCACUGCUGUUGCUCCUCAAGGCAGUAGUAGCGUUACAGCUAUGGCUAAGAAAGGAGCUUUGGCCCAGAAAGUAUUCCAGACACCAGCAGGGAAGAACAGGCCUCCUCCGUACAGACCACCAUGGUCCCUAGGUGUCACCAAAUUUAAAGGCAAAACUUCCACCAGUCAAAGCACCACAAACCCUAAAGACCCAGUCGGCUCUCCCCUGCUCCUGGUACCCAUGGCCCCUCCUGCCGCAGGCACCUCCCAAGGCUCGCCUCCUGUAUCGCCCCCUGCUGGAAAGAUGCUACUACAGACAGUCUCCUCCUCCCAGGGCUGUAAAAUGUAUCGUCAGCCCAACGGACAGUUGAUCAAGCUGGUACCUCUGAAUCGUAUGCGUCACAUAAAGGCCAAGAAUCAAGACAAGCUCACUCGUUUUGCUACCAAGCUGUCCACUCCCAAGACAUUCCCACCUCCCCCCCCUCUCACCUCCAUCCACCCCCCUCCCCACGCUCCCCUCAUCAAAUUCAUCAUGGGCCAGUUGGGUGCCAUCACCCCAUCCCAGACCUCAUCCUCUUCCUCCCCCUUGUCUCUCACUGUCUCCUCCUCCCUGAAGACCCCCAGCUUCCUGGGCCAGACUGGGACCUACUCCUUCAGGAUCUGUCCUCCGACUGCAGGGGACCAGGGCUCUAGGGGUCCAGGCCAGGGCACCGUGGGAGGCUCAGCUGGAGUGUCCCUGCCUGGGGGCUUCACCCUCAUCCAGCUCCCUAAGCCUGGAGGUACUGGAGGAGGUGCUCCCAGGCUACCUGAACUAAUCAGAAGCACAGCUGUGGGUUCUGCUGGACCUGGAGAGGUAAAGGCACAGAAGAACCCAAGAGGAACCUCUUCUUCCUCUCCCUUGCCUCUGGCAUUGACACCAGUUAAAACCGAAGACCACUCCUACACCCCAGGAUUAAAUACCAAUACAUCUGACUCCAGAUCAGCUCUAGCCCAGAAAAAGCAGAGUUUGACUCAGUCAAAGGACCUUAAAUCUGACCGUAGAUCAGCCAAAGCCAACAUCUCUUGUCCCGUGGAGCCCAAUGAGCUGACCUGUGAUGAGAAGAUGCUGUCGGACGAGAGUGAUGCAGAGAGAGGGGAGGUGGGGGAGGGCUCGGGACUAUGGAGCCCAGAAUCAUGGAAGAAAGACACUGAGUUCAGUCGGUUUACCACUCUAAGAAUGCAUGAGAACGGACAUCCUGAUUUUAAGGUUGAGGACUCUGAUUCGGACAACUCCUCGGACGACUCCUCGGAUGACUCGGAUUCCGAUAGUGAUGAAUAUGCCAACGAGGACGAGGAGGAAGCAGUGGACAUUGAGACGGUGGAGGAGAGGAGACAGGGAAUCACCAUCGCUCAGAUGAGGGCCGCUGUCAAACACACACAAAAAACUAGUCAGGAUGGGGAAACGGCACCAAAAGAAAAGAGGGAUAUGAGAGAGGAGGAGGGGUCUGGUGAGGGAGGGGGUCGUAAGAACCGCACCCUGACGGAGAGGCUGCGUCGCGGCGAGCACCAGAAGCUCUUCACCAGACUCAAACAGGUGCUGUUCAUGGAAGAACUGGACCCCAAGGUCUCCAAGCUACACCUCCUCUCACAGGCUCUGAAGGAGAUUCGUACCCUGUCGGUGGACUCUGAGUCUCUGGAGGAGAAGAAGAGGAUGCUGACUGAGAUCCAGACUGUCUAUGUCAAGGAGAUCGCAUACAUGUCUGGAAAGCCAGAGGAGCUGAUCAAGGCCAAGCUGAAGGAGAUCUGGGAGAAGAAACGGACUCUAGCUGCCCAGAGGAGAGCAACUGUCCCCCCUACCUCUAGCCCCACCUCCUCUACUUCCACCCCUAGUCCCAACACCAUGACGGUGUCCCAGGUAUCUCAAGCUAGCUCUCUGGGUCAGGCAGGAGCAGCUAGUGGCUCUGUGAAACCAGUGGCUGCUGUUUUACGCACCAAGAGUGGCAAGAUUAUUCUUCCUGCUUCCAUGCUUCCCCCUUCCAUGUUUCGUGCUUCCAAACCAGCAGGAAGAUCGGUCUACACAGUGAAAGUAAUGAAGAGACCAACAGUCACCUCCCUCUUAACCCCCACCUCCUCAGCAGCCAAGGAGGUUGUGGAGAAGGAGAGAGCUGCCUCUCCCCCUGAGAAGGACCAGGAGAGAGUGUCUGUGGAGGCUGAGCAGCCCUCCGAUAGCCCAGCAGCAGAGAGGCCAGAACUAGGUAAGGAGGAACCACAGGCCCCUGUCUGUAAUGGAUCCAUGGAAGAAGAGACUUCCACAGAGAAGGAUAACGGCUCAUCUCCCAAAAAGAAGAAGUCACUAAUCAAUAAAAACUCAAUCAAGAGGCUUUCUGGUAUGAAGUGUCCCCUUGUGGAGAUCGCUCCCCUAAACAGUGCCAUCUGGAGGCCGUUGGAGGAACCACAGAUGGGGGGUGAGAGUGAUGCUGGAGGCUGGGGCCUGUCUCUGACCAAGGGAGAGGCAGCCAUACUGGUGAAGGCGCUCUCUGAACACCAGGGCAUAGUAGUGGGGCGGAAGGGCAAGGAUAGCCCGGUACAACACAAUGGAAAGAAGAGCUCUGUGACACUAAAGGGCAAGGAUAGCUCAGAACUACAAAAAGAACAGGAUAGCACAGUGUCACAGAAAGAAACUGAUAGCUUUGUCCCACAAAAAGGAGAGGAUAGCUCAGUCACACCAAAGGAAAAGGCAGAGGUUGGCUUGGUGACAUCAAAGGAAAAGGAUUGUUUGUUGACACAAAAGGGAGAGGGAGGCUCGACAGACAGCUCAGAGGCUCAACUACUGAAGAGAAAACGUGGAAGGCCUCGCUUGGACAUCAAAACACCACCAACUGGAGAUAUCACUACUAACCCUGCGCCGCGGGGUCGGCCCCGUAAAGUAUCACGGAUUGGGGUGAAUAUCCCUGUGGUAACGACCGGUGGCAACGACCAGGCCAACGUGACACAAACCGCAGGUAGUGCUUGUAACCCUACCUUAGUCACAAGAAUACCCCCAGGUCGAGACACUAAUACUGGGGGUGGUGAAAUCCAACUAACACCAAGGGAACGUAGCCUAAGCCCUACGAGGCGGGGUAGAAGGCCUAAAGUAUCACAGGUUGGGGUUACUACUAACCCUGUGGUUACGACUGGGCCUGGGGGUAGCCCAGCCAGGGUGGCUGGGGGUCGUACCCCUACCCCAGUGACUCAGGCUGGGGGUAGGACUGUGAAGAGUGCUACCGGUAGCCCUGCAACUUGGGGUAGGGCACCAAAGGUGCGGAGAGCUGGAGAUAGUUCUAGUCCGGCCAAGGUGACUAAGGAUGCGGUUACUAGCCCUGUAACUCGGCCUGGGUUAAACCCGGCGAGAUGGACUCGUGCUGGGGGGGGUAUCCCUGUGUUAAAGACUGAGAGCAGCCCAACCAAACCUCCACGAGGAGGGGCUGAGGUUACUAGCCCUGUAACUCGGGCUGGGUUAAACCCGGUGAGAUGGACUCGUGCUGGGGGGGGUAUCCCUGUGGUGAAGACUGAGGGCAGCCCAACCAAACCUCCACGAGGAGGGGCUGAGGUUACUAGCCCUGUCGCGACGACUAAAGGAAGCCCAGGUAAAACGCCACAGGCUGUGGGUCGGCCUGGAACACGACAUGUGACUCGCGCUGUAUCGGUGAAGGGCCUUGUCAGUGGGAAGAGGACAACAAGGUCUGAUAAGGCCUAGUGAAACUGAGACUAAGGCUGCAUUUCCACACUGUUUCCAUUGGUGCAUCUCAAUACUGUAGUAGUCUAAAAUGGCGUCCACAACUUGUUUUUUCUCCUUCCACUCCGAUGAUGCUGCAUUUCAGCCUAGCUCUAACCAGAGGAUCAAGAGAAUCGUACUCCUGACAGACGUGCCAUUAACUGUCAUUUAAAGCUAGAAUCCUUAGUUGCUGCAUCCAUUGAUUCUUGAAGAAUAUAACUUUAUAAUUAAAUUCCUCAUGAGCUUAGUUCAACUGUCGUACCUCAUCAGAACCCAAAAUAUAAGCUUGUUUUACUCCAAUGUUUGUAAACAAAGCAAAUGUAAACAAACACUGUAUAGCCUCAACACGGUUAACAUUUUUUAUGUCUUGGAUGGUUAGUCAUUGCAUCCAUAGUUUUUUCUAUGAAUUUGAGUGGUUACAUUUCUCCAGGCCUGUCCCUCAGCUGUUUUUUUGUGUUGUUUUUUUUUACAAAAGCAGAGGUGGGGAAUCGCUUUGUUAUUGUUUCAAUUAAGGAUUCAAGUUUUAAUUUGUGGAAAGUUGUCCUGAAAUCCCAUUGAGACCACCGCAUGUGCCUGUUCACAAAUCCAAAGGACCCUGGACAGUUAUGCCUGUGUGAGUUGACCCUCUCUUAGCUUUAGCACUCAUCUGCCUUCUCUGGAACACAACAAAGUAGACAAUAACUUACACCUAAGGGACAGUCCGUUUUCCCAACAUCCUAAAUCUUUGAGCAAAACAUUAAAUUAAUGUACUGUAUGAAUGUACUGCAGGUUUGACUGCCGUUUGAGCCGUUGUACAGGUACAUAGGACGUUAGCCCCAUAUUGGGGUGAAUGUGACACGUCAUGCAUUUUUGAUGAAGACUAUUGUUAUUAUGUUCUAGAAAGUUGAUUUCUUGUUAUUUAAUCAUCAAACCACUACUUUUUGAAGAUUACGGUAUAGGGAAGGUCUGUAUUUUUUUCUCUCCAGUAUCACGGUUUGUUCAUGACUUCACUCCCUGUGUCUUUAUUAAUGUAGGGGUAUGUUGUCUUCGAUUUAACCUACAAAAUAAUGGACAUGCAUGAACAUGACAACAAAACAGAUCAAUUACUUUCUGGCCCAAAUAGACAUUAUCAAUAGGCUCUGAAAAUCAUUCAUUUGAGAUGUACAGCAUUCAUGUUUGUUCAUGUCAAAAACACUGUAAAUGUUCUUUCUAUGCCACUGUAAAGACUUUUUGUAUUUUAGCUGUGGUUGGUGCGUCCAGUCUUUCAAAUACACUCUUGGUUCCCAGGCCUAUGAAUUUAAAAAAAAUCUGAAUCAGCACUUUAAAUCUUCUGUAACUUCUACACUGUCACAACCAUGUUGAAUAUUUUGGUUUGCCUUAUGGAUUGCUUCCCCAUCUGUUUUUCAAUGAUUCCUAUGUCUGAUUUUUGAGGAACUUAUGCAUAACAUGUAAAACAAAACAAAAAAACACAACAAAAAAAACAUUAUUUGUAGUUGAGACAUUUGUAUUUCAACCUCGUGUGACUCAUCAUGACUCAAUCUAAGCUAUACUGUAAUCUAUGAAAAUAACCUUUUGUAAAUGUGUUUUAUUUUUUAUAAGUCUGUCUUGUUGUAUAAUGUUCCUCUUUCCUUUUUUGUAAAGAAAUGACCGUUUUACUUCAGUCACUCAGAUGUGCUGGCAAGAUACUGUGGCCUUGAAAAUAAAUAAACCUGUACAUGCA